UGACAGAGGGACAGUUUCAGGUGCAACACAAAAGUGUCGCGUGCCAAGUGUUGUUAUGAUAGCCACCAGCAGUCCUUCGUUAAAAUCAGGCAAGAGUGCGUUAAUAUAGAUAUAAGCCAAGCCAUAGACUGACAAGUCGCUGUCAAAUAAAGAUAAAAUCACGUACUUUUAUAAUUACUAAUCGAUAGCUGCUGUCAUAGUACCUGCGCGUUCGUAUCGUGUGGUAACUGUUAUCAGUGUCGUAUGGAUUACAGCAGAAUAUGGAUUCUAUUAGUUUCAGUCUGUAUAAAUGUCGUUUAACUAUCAGGCUUCCGUAGAAUUUCUCUCCGUUGGCGAUCUCUCUGUUUUAUAAUCGAGCGAACGUGAAUCGAGUGCCUCAAUUUCUGGUAGUGUACAGGUUGAACGGGUUGUAGCAGGUGAGUUAGAGGUAAAAACAUGGUUGGGUUUAUGAGUAGAGUUUGGAAUAAGUUGGAUUCGGCCAGCAGCCGUCUGCCUAUCUUUUUGAACGCUGUCCUGGUGUUCUCCAUCACUGCGGAGCUCUGCUAUCUGGUUUUGGUCGAGGCUCCCCUUGAACAAACUCAAGAGAAGACUGACUGGUCCACCACAUGGAAGGCCAUGCACCUCUUCGCCCAGCUCUUCAUGUUUGGAAAUAUAUCCUGGAAUGCUUCCUUAUUCAUGAAAACUAAUCCAAGUAUCCGUGGAGUGUUUCUUGGAGGAGAUGUUUUGGGUCAGGGGUGGAGGUACUGUUACACCUGCGAGACGCACACUCCUCCACGAUGCUCACACUGUUAUGACUGCAACGUGUGUGUUCUGCGCCGGGAUCACCACUGUGUGUUUUUUGGCCAGUGCGUCGGUUUCCGCAAUUACCGGUAUUUCCUGACCUGUUUGCUCUUCAUGUGGGCAGGGCUGCUCUAUGCAGUGGUGAUGAAUGCUGAAGUCUUCAUUGUUAUCCUCAAGGAGGGUGUCACCUUUCACAGUGUCAUGCUUUUGCUGGUGCCUUGGCUGAUGCUUGUCUCUGGACAAGUGACAACACGGGCCUUUGCUUUUGCAUUCAUUGCCGACACUUGCGUAGUGGGCUUUCUACUUGUUGCUGCUUUCCUCUUCUUUCAUGUGAUUCUGAUGCUGAAGGGCCAGACCACACGUGAGUGGUAUUCAACACGCCGGCCUUACAGCCUGGGAAUACUGGCCAACAUCAGAGAAUGCAUGGGCAAGAACUGGUACAUCUGCUGGCUCUGUCCGUUGAUUCCUUCCCCAUUGCCUGGAGAUGGCAUAAACUAUGAGCUAACUGGUUCAGUAGAGCCCAAGAAGUAAAAAGCGUGCACUGAUUUUCUUAUUGUCAUUUGAAUUUAUUGGCCCAGCUGAUUUGGGUGGCAUGUUGUUGAGAGUGAAGCAGUGGUUGCAUGCUGUGCUUCCAUCAAACAAUUACCAGCUCUCCUUCAAUCUGAUGAAACCAGCAAAAAAUGGACUUUAAAUGGAUUUGUAUAUUAACUUCACACUAGUUUUUCUUACUUCUGCUGUCUUAAUGGUUUUAAUGGAUGUUAAUUUGAUUCAUGUAAAGUAUGUGUGCUGCAAUUAUAAUAUGUUCACUUGUGCAAUCUUUGCAAUGGUUCCACAAAAAUAUUUACUUCAAAUAUUUUUGAAUUACACUUUUUUACACUCCAUGUGCUUUCUUUCUUUUUUUCUUUUUUUUAACAGUUGUUCAUGUGCCAAAUACUAUGUUCAAACAAAUGUGAAUGUUAUAUGCCAAGCUGUCUAUGGAUUAUACAAUUAAAAAUAUUUAAUUUCAA